AUGAACGCAGCUGGUGCCUCACCAAUGCCAGAUCAAGUGCACCAAGCAAUGCUUGCCCAUUUCGAGCUUGAGCGUCACAUGGGGGCAUAUGCAGCAGAGGCAUUGGCUAACGCGCGGGAGGGUGCACGACUUGAGGCUGCGCGUCUGUUAGGCUGCGAUGCAAACGAGAUUGCUCUUACGGAGUCUGCACAGAGUGCUUGGGCCAGAGCCUUUUACAGCUUGAGCUUCAAAGAAGGCGAUUGGAUAUUGUGCUGGGCCAGCGAAUAUGCUGGAAAUGCUGUGGCUUUUCUUCAGGCUUCCACACAGCACAAAGCUCGGCUUGAGAUAUUGCCAAUGCGACCAGAUGGUGUGGUGGAUGUAUAUGCGCUCGAAUGUGUAUUGAAAUCUAUGCCCAAGACCUCACGUGCCGUGGUGGCGCUGACACACAUUCAGACAAACUCCUCCAUUGUUCAGCCUGCCGCUGCGGUGGGAGCUUUAGCUCGCAAACAUGGUGCGGUAUUCCUCCUCGAUGCAUGUCAGUCUGUUGGACAGAUACCUAUUGACGUUCGCGCUGUAUCGUGCGACUUUGCCUGUGGUACAGGCCGCAAGUGGCUGAGAGGGCCUCGCGGCACAGGAUUCCUCUACGCUCGGUCGGCUGUGUUGCCGCAGUCCACUCCCCAUGGGCUCCAGAGAUCGGAGCUGGAACUUGUUGGGGAGCCUUCAAUGAUUGACCACGUCUCCGUGAGCUGGACGCAGCGCUCAGCCUACAAGUUGUCGCCGAAUGCGCGGCGCUACGAGAUGUGGGAGUCGCCGCCAGCGCUCCAUGCGGGUUUGAAGGAAGCUUUGGCACUUUGCAUCCGCAUGGAUCCGCAACAUAUUGCACAGAAGGCAAGCUAUUUGGCUGUCUUGUUGCGUAGAGGGCUAGCGUCCAUUGACGGCAUUCGUUGUUGUGAUGCCCCGGAGCAGUUCAAUGAGGCGAUCAACGACGGCAUAUCACGGUGUGCAAUUGUGACAUUUGAGGCCUUCUCAAACCUUGGUAUAACAUCUGAGUUUGUCAGGGAUGCCCUUGCAGAGCGCAGGAUUGCCGUGUCUUUGUCCCCACCUUCGCACACAUUUAAUGACGAGGAGUGGUGUCUACCCUCGACAGUGCGGUUAAGCCCAAGCUACUACAAUGACGAGUCUGAAGUUGACGCUGUCAUACAGGCAAUUCAGGAGAUCGUUUCGAGCUUCAAAGCAAGCCAAUGA